AUGUCCAGGCGAACCCUUGUUACUACUUCAUUCAAGACACCUUAUGUGUCUCUGGAUCUUCUUUCAUACUUGAAAUCUGGGCAGGUCACACCAUUCCAAGUUUUCAAUGACGUUAUCAUGCCCGAUUUCAAAGACCACAUAUCCAAGGGAAACAACAGCCCCAACAAUGCAGCAGCACGUGGGAUACUUGAGGAAAUCGAGAAAGAUCUGGAUCCCAUUGGUAAGGCCUGUGAAAGGUUCCAGAAAUGGGAAGUUGAGGUCAGCAGUGCUAUCAAAAAAUUAGCUUACCAAAGCCUGGAUGAUGCAUUCAGAGAAAGAACAGAGGCACUGGAAAAUACCAACAGAGCCAAAUUUCUUCGGGACAAGCUUGAGAAAACCCGCAGCCUUGUCUCCAGGUUGAAGGAAUCUGUUUGUUCAGCUUCAAUCAAGAUGAGUGAUGAGACCUCAAAAGACUCAGAUACUCCCCAGACCGGUGAGGAAUUACAGCCUCCGAAGGAGAUCGAUAUAGUGAAGGUACGAAGAGAAAUUGAGGAAAUCUACAAAGGUCUAGAAGGCAAACGGAGGCCCUGCUUGCUCUGUUUCUCAAUGUUCCCUGAAGAUGCUGUCAUCAAGAAGAAGGUUUUAAUCCAUUGGUGGGUUGGAGAGGGGUUCAUAGACACUUCGGCCACAGGAGAGAGUCAAGAGACUGUUGAGGAGAUAGGGAAUAAAUUCUUCAAAGAAUUUUUGGAGAAGGGCAUUAUUGAGCCCUUCUACAAAAGGAGCAGGCCUAGUGCAGACAGCUGCAAGAUGCAGCCUUCAAUCCGUGAUGCUGUGAUUGAGCUUGCAAGGACAGAAAACUUCUUCGAUUUCGAUAGAAAUGGAAACCCAACUGAAGAUUUCUCUUGCUCUGAGAGGGCAUGCCUGGUAAGAACCAUAGAAGGAUCCAAUGUCCGUGAAUUGCCACUCCUUUCAAGUCAGGAGAAUGUUCAAAGUCUGAUCAAUGUCAAUGAGCAUGAUCUUUAUUUUAGACCAAACUGGUUCUCAAAGAUGAAAAGCGUCAAAGUUUUGCAGCUCGGGAGAUGGCAUUCAGACAAGCAUCUCAUCGAAGUAGAGGACUGUGAAUUCCUGAAAGGCUUGAAGAAUAUGAGAGAGCUCCGGUACUUAAGCCUCCGAGGAGUCUCUAGAAUCACAGAGCUUCCUGCUUCAAUUUGCAAAGCCCGCAAUCUAAGAAUCCUGAACCUGAAUGGAUGUUGUGAUUUGGAGAAACUCCCUCGUGGGAUAGGCUCACUCAAGAAACUGACACACCUAGAUAUGUAUGAGUGCUACCUGAUAAGCGGCAUGCCCAAAGGACUUUCUUUGCUCUCCAACCUCCAAGUGCUCAAAGGGUUUGUGAUUAGUAAAAGGUCGGGAAGCCAAGACUGUAAGCUAGAUGACUUGUCAAAAUUGGAAAAUCUUCGGAAGCUGAGUAUCCACAUAGACAGAAAUCAAGCUAAAACAGCAGAAAGAGAGCUGAAUUCUUUGGCAAAGUUCAAAAAGCUCCAGUCACUUUCUAUAUCAUGGUCACGAAUAUAUGACAAGCCUGCAACUCAUUCUCUCCAAACUCUCCAGAGGAUUGUCACCAAGAAGCUAACCAGAGCGAAAAGAAUAACAAAACUGCCUUCAAUGUUCAUGGCUCCAGAAAAACUUCCUUCAAUGUCAAUGGCUCCAGAAAAACUGCCUUCAAUUCCAGAGUCUCCACUUCAUUUGGAGAAACUUGACCUCCAUUACUUCCCUCAUUCUACGAUGCCAGAUUGGUUGAAGCCAACGCUCCUCGGUAAGCUAAAGAAGCUCUAUAUCAGAGGAGGAAGCCUCUCAGAUCUUUGUCACAAUGGCAUCAAUUGUACUUGGACUGUCCAAAUGGUGCGCUUGAAGUUCUUGGAUGAAUUGGAAAUGGAUUGGGAAAAACUGCGAGGCUUGUUUCCGAAACUGUGUUACUUGGAGGUAGUCAAAUGUCGUAAACUCGAUUUCAAACAAUGUGAUGUCAAUGGAGUGUGGAAAGAGGAAGACUAG